AUGAUGCAGAAUGUGCAGAAUGUCGGAAAUCAGCUGCGCAAGGGUUUGGCCUCUGUGUUCUCGGGCAGACAGUACCGGAAGUCAACUUCCCGCACAGAGAAAACUGACGGCACCAUGGCAGAUGGCGAGGAGUACCGGAACCCCACAGAGGUGCAGAUGAGCCAGCUGGUGCUGCCCUGCCACACCAAUCAGCGUGGCGAGCUGAGCGUCGGGCAGCUGCUCAAGUGGAUUGACACCACAGCCUGUCUGUCUGCGGAGAGGCACGCCGGCUGUCCCUGCGUCACGGCCUCCAUGGAUGACAUCUAUUUUGAGCACACCAUUAGAGUCGGACAGGUGGUGAAUAUCAAGGCCAAGGUGAACCGGGCGUUCAACAGCAGCAUGGAGGUGGGCAUCCAGGUGGCCUCCGAGGACACUUGCUCUGAGAAGCAGUGGAGCGUGUGCAAGGCCUUGGCCACCUUUGUGGCCCACCGUGAGCUCUCCAAGGUGAAGCUGAAGCAGAUCACACCACUGACGGAGGAGGAGAAGACGGAGCACAGCGUGGCCGCCGAGCGCCGGCGCAUGCGGCUGGUGUACGCGGACACCAUCAAGGACCUCCUGGCCAACUGCGCCAUUCAGUACGAUCUGGAGAGCAGAGACUGCAGCCACGUGGUGCCGGCUGAGAAGACACGCGUGGAGAGUGUGGAGCUGGUCCUGCCUCCCCAUGCCAAUCACCAGGGCAAUACCUUCGGGGGCCAGAUCAUGGCCUGGAUGGAGAAUGUGGCCACCAUUGCAGCCAGCCGGCUGUGUCGUGCCCACCCGACGCUGAAGGCCAUUGAGAUGUUUCACUUCCGGGGACCAUCCCAGGUUGGGGACCGCCUGGUGCUCAAGGCCAUCGUGAACAACGCCUUCAAACAUAGCAUGGAGGUGGGCGUGUGCGUGGAGGCCUACCGCCAGGAGGCCGAGGCCCAUCGCCGGCACAUCAACAGCGCCUUCAUGACCUUUGUGGUCCUGGACCCAAAUGACCAGCCCCAGAUGCUGCCCUGGAUUCGGCCCCAGCCUGGGGACGGCGAGCGGCGGUACCGAGAGGCCAGUGCCAGGAGGAAGAUCCGCCUGGACAGGCAAUACAUUGUGUCCUGUAAGCAGGACGAGAUGCCGCUCUCUGUCCCCUGGGACCCUAGCAACCAGGUGUACCUGAGCUACAACAACAUCUCCUCCCUGAAGAUGCUUGCAGCCAAGAACAACUGGGCGCUGUCCGCGGAGAUCAACCAGGUCGGCCUGUACACCCUGGAGGAUGACAAGUACCUCUCCUUCCACAUGGAGAUGCUGGUGAAUGUGGAUGCGGCCCACGCCUUCCUGCUGCUCUCAGACCUGCGUCGGAGGCCCGAGUGGGACAAGCAUUACCGGAACGUGGAACUAGUGCAGCAGGUGGACGAGGACGAUGCCAUCUACCACGUCAUCAGCCCCACCCUCGGCAACGACCCCAAGCCCCAGGACUUCGUGAUCCUGGCCUCUCGGCGGAAGCCUUGCGACCAAGGGGACCCCUACAUCAUUGCACUGCGGUCCGUUACGCUGCCCACCCACCCGGAGACGCCAGAGUACCGGCGUGGGGAGACCCUCUGCUCAGGCUUCUGCAUCUGGCGCGAAGGGGACCAGAUGACCAAGGUGUCCUACUACAACCAGGCCACCUCGGGCUUCCUCAACUACGUGACCACCAACGUGGCCGGCCUCUCUCUGGAGUUCUACAACACUUUCAAGGCCUGCGAGAAGUUCCUUCUGGACAAUCGCAACGACCUGGCCCCCAGCCUGCAGACCCUCUAG